UCAUCUUGAUCUAAAAGUUUAGUAAUUGUUGCUAAGGGGUAAAAUAUAUGUAAUUAUUUCAUAAGAAUUCAUUCAUUGCUUAACGACUAUAUAUAUUGAACACUUGGCAGUUUCGUUCGGUUGUUGAUUUUUCUUUGUUUUAUAUGAUUUGAUGAAAUGCAAUAAUGAAGCUGGUUGUGAUAGCUGUAAUAUUGCUCUUGCUUGAACAAAUUGUUGCGAAGAAAUGUUCUGAAGCACCGGGUGUUGAUGGCUGUAGUAUACCAGACUGGAUACCAAACAAGAAUAAGUUCAAACCAGCAUGUUAUAAGCAUGACGUCUGCUACGCCUGUGGAACUGCCCUGGAUGUAAACCGUAUAACGUGUGAUAGAAGAUUUCUGUUUAACUGUUAUGAACGGUGUGGGGACAAAACAAACUGUAGACGUGUUGCUGGCUGGUACUACAAGGCGGUGAGAUGGUUUGGAGCGUUCGCAUACCAAACAGUGUCACCAGAAUGGUGUACAGAAGACUGGGUUUCUGAAUGUAUGCUGUAAAACUAAUAAUAUAUAUAUUAUAUAUAUAUGAAUAAUUUCUUUCUUGUUCAUACUCAAAAUGCCGUCGAAAAUCAAAAUGAAUGGAAGAGGUCUUCACUGUUUAUAUCUUUAUUUAACUUGCUAUCAUUUGGGUUUAUUAUAUACUCUCUAGAAAAUUGGUUGUUGACCAACCUUUUAAACAAUGAUAUUUUGAGAAGAUAUUUAAUAAUUCAGCCUUCUGUCACACACCAACCGCUAUACGUUAUG